CCCUGCGGGCCCACAGUGAACACCCAGCUGCAGGAGGCCCCGGCAGCCGGGUCCCGGGGCUGUCCCACCCCCGCCGCGGGAAGGAGGGGCCCCGGGGCGCGGCGGCCCGACAGCGCUGGGGCGUGCCCGGGCCCGGGGCGGUGCCGCCUUUGCCGCCUCUGGAGCAGCAGCGGCCGUGCCGGGAGUGGCUGUCGGGAAGGCCGUGCAGUGUGUCUGUCAGUGAGUUUGUGGCACGGGCAGCCAUGCGGCCCUGGAGGCUUCUUCUUUUUCCGGUGCUCCUCGCCGUCCUGGUCUCCGUCAGAGGCCAAGAUGAUUUCUCCUUAAGUGAUGCACUUUUUAAAGAAACUACAAAGAAGCCUCUUGUAAUUCCGAAGACUCCAUCAUCAGAUCUAGAUGAUUUGGACUUGAGCCAUGCUCUUGAUCCUGAUGAUCCCAAGCCACAUGCUCCUGCAAAUCCUGGAGAUGCUGAUAAGCCCAAGCAAGAUCAACCUAAAGGUUCUGGCACGUUUGAUGAUUCAGAUCUAUUGGAUGGCAAUUCCCCAAAAGGAGGAAGUGAUGGCAGUGGCAGCAAUGAACGAAAGGGCUCAACUCCAAAAGGUGGCCAAGAAGAGGAGGCUUCUCCUGGAGCAAUAGCUGGAAUUGUAAGUGCUGUGGCUGCUACUGCAAUUGGAGCAGUAUCUAGUUUCAUUGCUUACCAGAAGAAGAAACUCUGUUUCAAACAAAGCGCAGAUGAAGAGAAUGUGAAUAUGGAAAGCCAUAGGGGAGCACAAUCUGAGCCACCUGUUCAGCGUACACUUCUGGAGAACUAAAUUAAAGAAAGAGUGGUGAAGAACAGAUCUUUGAACUGGAUAAACAACCUGCAUUCUGCCAAAAAAAAAAAAAAAGGAAACAAAAAAAAGCAAAAUAUAAACAGCAGAGCCCAAAGUUUCAUGAGAAAACAGCUCUUGUUUGAAACACCUCUGGGACUGUGACUUAGACCCGAGUACUUCUGUGUGGUUAGCCCUGUGAAGCAUUGUGGCACACCAAUACAUGGCCUUAAUGACAGGGGUGUAGAAGUAUGUUGUGCCUUUACAUUUUUUCCUUUACUCCUCUGACAAAUGGGUGUGUCUCAAGCGCAUUCAGUGUGUUUAAUUUUUCCUUACCUCUCCAAAACUAAAAUGCAGUUAUUGUUUUUGUUAUGUUAUUGCUCUCAGGCAAUACAAACAUUUUUUUAAAUAAUCUGUACUCAGUGAAUAGACCAACCAACCAACUUGGUGUAUGUUGUGGGCACCUGAAAGCAAACAGCUCACUGUGUAUGGAUGGUGGAUCUGGGUGUGGGUUCUGCUGAUCCAAUCUCUGUAGCUGCCUGGGCCAGCUGCCAGGGAAGAGAUGCUUGUGCUUGAGCAUUCAGGAGACAAAAAUUCUGGUUUGUUUCUAGAUUUUUUUUUCAUUGCAUCUGUCUGGAACAGAUUGAGAAAACCCAAAGUUAAUGCACACCGAGCCUUCAUCCUGUCUGUCUCUUCCUGCUUGUCAAGUACUGAACUGGUCGGUUGUGGAAAAGCCUGUUUUUGCAGAUCAGAAACAUAGUUGGACUUUGUAUUUCUGGUGACGUUGAUGUUAAGCAUUGUCCAAACAGUUGUGGAUUAAGUACUUGGGAGUGGGGAUUAACAUCUUUAGACUUCUAUACCCAAAAGCUUAAGAGAAAAUAGGGUUGAAUUCAGAAGGUUUAUUAUACAUUUGUAAGGGACAGAAACAGUACCACAGCUCCAAACUACAGCACGACUGACCAGAACAAGCCAAUCUCAUUCCACAGGCAUCCACUGAACGGUAGAAAUAGCAAACAUGUGAGAAGUGCUUUUGGACUUGUGAAGGAUUCCCCUAGGAUGAUGACCUGUGGUUGCACCCUACUCUGAAAGCACUUGUGACCUGUGCUGUGGCUCUUGAAAGCAGCAGAAAUGUUUCGAGGAUCUGUGGAAACAUGGAAAACUACAACUCAUAACAGCCAAAGGACUAAAUCUGGAAUAAUAACGAGUUCUGUCAGGAAGGAAUGGUCUGACCAGUUUUGUUGGCUUUCAUUCUAAUUGCUUCAAAUUUUCAUGCAAUUUUACCAUAGGUGUCUUAUUAAUGGGCUUCAGCCACCUGACAAGGUUCUACAGGAAGGUGACAUUUCAUGGAACAUCUUAGAAUGUAGAAAUUAAUGAAUUUGGAUAUUAAACCUGUAAAUAUAGCUGUACAUUCAAAUAUGAAUGUAUGCCAAGGAUAAUUCAUUUAAGAAUUUCUUGUACAUGUUUCUUAGGUUGCAACAAAGCUUUUCUCCAAUGUUAGUGUUUUCUUAUGGAAUUGAUUUGUAAAUCUCUUUUUGCCCCACAUCUGCAUUUAGUAUAGAAUUGCUAAAGUCUUUAAGUGUGUUUGAGGGUGCAAAAGUGAUUCCUACAUAAACAUUUGGUUUAUGUAAAUACAGAGGAAAGAAAUGUACUACUUACCUACAUUAAUAAACAGAUAUAUCUAUGCCACAUGUAGAGCAAAUAAAAGUAAGUCCGUGUUUGUUAGAGUUAAAAUGGCAGGAGGAGUUCAAACUGGCUUUUAGCUAACCAAGACUCUUGAACUCUUUUUCAGCUUUUGUGAGCCUAAAAAUUACUUAAGACCUAUCAACGUUGUGAUUUUUUUCUAAAAAUAAAUUUAAAAAAUGAUUUCUGUGUUCGUCUUCUCAGUAGUUCUGAAAAUAAAAAACUUGGUGCUCAAUCACCUAGGGAA